AUGUCCUUGUCCUCGUGGCGACAGAUCAACUUUUUCAAUUACACACCAAUCAAAGAUCCUUUUUUCAAUACUGAUAAUCCAUUGUAUUCUGAUCCAAAUCUAUCUUCAAUCUGUUCCACUUCUAAUCCUGACUAUCUUAUCAUCGCGACAGACAAUGCUAUCAUAAAGAUUAUCAACAAGACCUUCCAGGUUGUUUAUCAAUUCCAAGCCUAUGAGUUGGGCACAAAUAUCACUUUUUUAAACUCCAAUAAUAACAAUAACCUGAAAUUUCUAGUUUCCAUUGGUGAAAAACAAGGCCAUCCCAUAGUAUUGAAAUUGUGGAAUUUAAACAAAUUUAUCAAAUAUAUCAAUUCUCCAUCAAACAAUUACAACUUGGAGAUUCUUGACAAUAUUUUUAAUUACCAUUCCGUUGUUCAAAUUCAUAAUGGUAACAAUCAGUAUCCUCUCUCAACUUUCUCCAAUAAUCUAGAGUUUUCAUUGCUAGCCUUUGGGUUCACCAAUGGCUCAACUAUUCUAGUUAGAGGUGAUUUAGUGCAUGAUAAAGGUUCCAGACAAAGAAUCAUUUACCAAUCAAAUAAUGACCCAAUAACUGGUAACGAUCCUAAUAAUAACAUUAACAUCACCGCUAUUAACAAUAUCAAUGACGAUAACCCAAUAACACAAUCGGUUUUAAAUUCUAAUGACUACUUGCUUUACAUAAUAACCACUUCUAAAAUUUUAGUUUUUGAAACAAAUGGAAAGAGUAUCAAUAAACCACUACAUGUCUUGGAGAAUCACUAUGGCUCAAAUCUUUAUUGCAAUGAUAUCCUAUACAACAACAACUUAAUUAUAAGUAACUCCAUAACGAAUUCAAUUGAUUUUUAUAACUUCAAAUACUCAAAAAUUAACUCAAUCAGCAAUCUAAAUUUCAAUAAACUAAAACUAUUCAAUUAUCUAAAUAAAUACUUAUUAAUAGUAUCCUCAAUUGACACCUCUUUUACUUUAAACAUUAACAAAAAAACAAAUAAUAUUUUGAACUUAUCUUCAAAUAAUUCAUUUAAAACAACAAGAAUUCUAAUGCUUGACUACACACAUAACUUUAUAACAUUUAACCUAACCAUUUCAAACAACAUUUCAAACAUUUUCUUCAUGUGGAAUAACCUAUAUCUUCUAUCAACUAAUGGUAUUCUAUACAAAUUAUCUGAAAAAUCAAUUAACCAAAAAAUUGAAUUAUUAAUUCAAAGAAACUUAUACCCAAUUUCAAUUCAAUUGGUUCAGGAACAAUUAAUUCUACAAGAUUUGUUACUAAUCAAAAAAAAAUAUGGCGAUUACUUAUUUUCAAAAAAUGAAUUUGAAGAUUCAAUAAAUCAAUAUAUUCAAGCAAUUGAAUUAAAUAAUAAUAAUAUCACAAUCGAUAUUAUAUUAAAAUUCAAAAAUAACGACAAGAUUUUAUUGCUAACCAGUUAUCUAGAAAAUCUAUUCAGCUUUCAAAAAAAACUUUUUUAUAAAAAAUAUUUAACUUUGUUACUAUGCAACUAUUGUAAACUAAAAGACUUAAAUAAAUUGAAUAAUUUCAUCCAUCAAAUUGAAAUAAUUAAAUUCCAAUCAAUUACAAAUAACGAUUUGUUACUAAAAAUCAAUUUUUACAAAAUCGCAUUAAAAUUUUCUUUAAUUUUCAAAAAUUAUUCAUUGAUUUUGGAGUUAUUGAUUAAUAAAUUUAAAUCUUAUAAAUUAUCAUUAAAUUUUCUAAGAGUUUUGCAAAUUAAUGAUUUGUUGAACUUGUUAAUAUCCGAUUCAAAUGCAAAUUAUGCUAAAAUAUUAUUACAUUACUUGCCAAUUGAGACGACUAAGCUUUUGAUUGAUGUUUUCACUGGAAUUUACAAACCUCAGGGCUCUGAGGAAUUGAUAUAUAAACAAUUUGAUGCUUUAAUAUCGCCAAUCCUGUUAUUCAAAGUUAUAAUUCCGGGCGUUACUUCAUCAAGUCAGUUGGAAACACAAUUAAAGAAACAAAUUCCAACAUAUCAACCUCCUAGACCAAGACUAAUUUUUUCAUCAUUUGUUAAUAAUCCAAGCGAAUUUGUCAUCUUUCUUGAAGCUUGCUUGCAAUCAUUUGAUAAAUUUGAUAAAUUCAAUACAAAUGUUAAAGAUAAAAAGGAUUUAUUGAUCACAUUGUUUGAAAUGUAUUUAACGCUAUCUAACGACUUGAGUUACUCUAAAGACAAAAAAAACAAGAAAGAAUGGGAAUCUAAAGCAAUUAAGUUGUAUAAAAGUUAUAAAGAACUUAUGGAUUAUACAUCAGUUUUGCUAAUUUGUAAUCUAAACAACUUUCAGAAUGAUGACCUAUUAUUAGAUGAAAAUGAAAAUGAUAAUCCUAGGAGGUAUAACCACGUUGAAUUAUUGCGAUCGAGUUUGUUGUCAGGAAAUAUCUCGAGAUCUAUUAAGAUACUAAGAAAAUUCGGGGAUAAAUUGCCAGAGUUAUACAAUGUCACAUUAAUAUUGAUAAUCAAACUAAAUUCAAAUGACUUUUUAAAUAAAAAAUUUGGAAUUAAAAACUUCUUAAUCUUGUUGAAUAAAAUCCUAAAAUACAAUUUGAUGUCAUUAAUUGAUUUAAUAAAAAUAUUAUCGUUGAACAAUUUGAUCAAAAUUAAAUUUAUAAAACAUUUUUUGAUCAACUAUAUUAAUUUUAAGAACUUUGAAAUUGAGAAGAAUUUAAAAUUGUACAAUUACUAUAAAAGGGAAAUUGAAAGCGAUAUUGAUCUGAAUGAUGGAGAAGAAGAUGAUUUUAUAGUUUUGAAUAACUUGAAAUGCAAUGUUUGUUCACAAACUUUAGAUUUUCCAAUUAUUCAUUUUAUUUGUCAUCAUUCUUAUCAUCAACGUUGUUUAUCAGAUUAUAAUUAUGAUAUUAAUGGAAGUGAAAACAACAAUAUUGAUAAAACUCGAAAAUGCCCCAAAUGUGUUUCAGAAAUGGAUGCUAUAAAGGCCAUAAGAGCUUCCCAAGAUGAAAUUGGCGAAAGAAAUGACUUGUUCAAGAUUGCUCUUAAAGAUUCAGACGACAAAUUUAAAGUUAUUACUGAUUUUUAUGGCAGAGGGGCAAUGGAACAAGUUAGGUAUGUUUUACAAUAA